AUGGCGACCCUCUUCUACAAACAUGCAAAACAGCCGCCUUUCCCCACCGAAGUCAGUCAGAAAAGAUUUUUNAGAAGCCAUACUGGUGAGAAACCAUUUAUAUGCGAUAUUUGCGGAAGAGGUUUCGCCCAGUCUGGAAAUUUAACAAUUCACAAAAGAACACAUUCGGAAGAAAGACCAUUCAAAUGCAACUAUAAAGACUGUCCAUACGCUGCGAAAAGGAAAAAUUCUUUGAUAGAUCAUGUCAGACGAUUACAUAAACUUCCAUUUGUUUCUGAAAUUCCCGGUAAAAAAGCAAAAACAGAUAAUAAAUGUGAUAAAUGCGGUAGAACUUUUCGAUUCUCAUCCACUUUAAAAAUACAUCUGACAUCUCAUGAAAAACACCGAUCGUUUUCGUGUAAUAUUUGUAAGAAAACUUUCAAACAUAAAUAUGAGUUAAAAAGACACAUGAAGAACGGACAUUCACAGGAAGAAACCGCAUCUUCUUCCAAAAAAGAUACAGAAAAUGGCCAAAAAGUUCAAUCACAUCUUUUACAGACACCAUCAAAAAGUUCUGAAGCAACAAAAUCAAUUAAAUCUGAACAACUACCUUCAGAAGAGAUUAUUUUCACAUUCGAAGAAGCUGAAGAAUUUCUUAAAGAUUUUAACAUCGAUUUAGAAAUUAUGAAGUUUGAAACAUCCUCACAACUGGAAUUAUUCUCAGAGAUGGAAACCGAUGAAGAUAAAUUCGAAUGUCAACAUUGUGGACAACAGUUUUCUGACGAAAUUUCUUUAAAGGAACACGAGAAACAAUUCCACUAAUCGAAUUAACUCUGGGCAUUUAACUUUGAAACAAUAUAAGUUCAAACAGUCGUCAAAAAUUAUUAACAUUUUUCUACAUUGAUCUCCGACUAAUGAA